CCUCGGUCCGUGUUUACACACAGAUUAUUAUUUAAUGUCUAAUUAUGUAUAAAUUUAUGCAGUCCCUGUGCCAGUUUAAGUGUGUUAAGUCUGUUCGAUAAAAUGUCUGUAUAUUUCGUAGUUAUUUGGUGUUUUGUGUUUCUGCAAACUGUCCUUGCAGCCUUGCAGUUACCUGAACCAUGUUCCGUGUCAGACAUGGGAUGCCUUACCAAAGUGACUCAGGUGUUUUUGGACAACACUAGUGGUGGAAUACCAGAACACGACAUCAAACCUUUGGACCCUAUAACCAUAUCGUCUUUGGAUGUAACGCCAGAGGGCGUUGGAGUCACAUUUCAUUUUAAAAAUAUUGUCGUCAAUGGAUUUAAAGAUCAGAAGAUUUCGUAUUUCAAGCUUAAUAAGGAUUACAAAACGGUAAACUUGAAAACGAAGGUUGACUUGACCCUCAAGAGCGAUGUUGUCGUGGAGCUGCACAAACCAUCCAAAAAGCUAUCAGGGACUGUGAAUGCUAAAGCCAAUGCAGAAGGUAAUGCCGAGUACACUUACAAUUUCGUGACUGAUGAGAAUGGCGUGGAACACUACGAAGUGGGCCCCGAAACGAAUUCCUGCGAAGUGUUCGGCGAUCCUAAGUUCACUGUGAACCCAGAAAUCAUGUCAGCUAUUCAAAAUGACGCAGAUUUCCAAGCAGAACGAGAGAAAUACCUAGAAGUAGCCACGAAAACUCGCCGGAAGAUUAUCUGUGACGUCGUGAAAACAGUUUACAUAACGGCCAUUCACAACAUUCGGGCUUCAGCGAGAAUUUUGCCCAAAUCGGCUUAUUUCAAAGAUGUCUAGAACAUAAAUUAAAUAUGAUUUGUAAAAUUUACGGCGAAUAUUUUGUUAUAUAAAUGUUUAUACAGCUUGGGACAGGUGAAAAGAAGAGAGAAGAGACAGGACAGCUCAGAGUUAUCUAAUCGGCUGAAUUAUAAUAUUUUUAAUAGUUAUUUAUGUAUGAAUGUGCAUAAUGAAGUACAUGGUUGAUGUGGGAGUUAUUCUUUCAAGUGCAUAAAAAAUUAGCAUUCAUUCCCACUAUUACAACUAGUCGCUUAAUGGAACUGUUGAACUAUUAAGAUGUAUAUAGACCUGGAUAAGCAGUUUAUAAAUAAUCAUUAUAAUUUCCAAUCUAUAGUCUUUGCUGCACGAAAAACCAUUCCAUAAAUAAUAAAACAGUAUAUAAACCCAUAGAGUAACAGUACCUAUUAAAAUUAUAAUGAAAACAUUAUUCUUUAUUUUUCUAAUGGAAUGUGUCGAUUAGGUGAUAUUCCAUUUAACAAGUAUGUUAUUUUAAUGUGAAAUAAAUUUGAUAAAAUGUCAGUAGGAUUAUUUUCAUAUUUGCCUAUACCACUUGACUUUUGUCCUUCUUCAUUUAUUUCUUUUGAGUCGGUCUUCUCGUACAUUUGCGCCAGAGGUGUCUCCUUACUUACGCCAGAGGUACGUUGUCUAGGAAUUUGGUUUUCUUGUUCCACUUGAUAUUAAAUAUGAUCUUGAAAUAAGGUCAGUCUUUGAAAGAAUCUAUGAAAUUUUAUUAGCAGCCUAAAUUAUAACAUAUAAUUAUCAUAAAUAUGAACAAAACAUCAGUGUUGCUACCACAUUUUACAAAAUCCUUCAUAAUUCUUCAAUUUCUUUGGUCUUUACAUUGGACAAAUAUUUGAUAAAAGGAUAUUAGUUGCCCAAAAUAACAAAUAAAAGUAAAGUAUGUAUCAGUAGAUAAGUUAUUUAGUAUUUCAUGUCCAUUGGAGUAGUGUUGUGCGGAGCAACAUAUUUUCAAAAGUUUUAUUUCACUUUCUAACACAAGAUCAACUACCACACGUCCUAAUUAGUAUUAUAAAUAAAACAAUGAAAUUUCAUUAACCCAUAUGAUUUUAAAAUUAAAAAAUCGAAUCAAAAUAAAACUGUUCACUGGUUUCUUUCACGUCCGAGGAUCUGAAGGUUUUCAAAAUACUCAUGAAAUACAGCCUUCGUUAUUGCGCAAACAACCUUCGCUUGGUGCUCAGUCUUGUAAUUCUUCUCGUAAUCAGAUUCUUUAGACUUCGCGUCAGGAUCUGAAAAUAAUUUUAAUCAAAAAUUUACACUAAUUAUUCGUUGUGAAAAGAUUUUCACUAAUUAUUCUGCAAAUAUUUUCGGAAACUAUAAAAACCCGUGUCUUUGAGUUUAGCGUAAACGGACAGAUAUACGCUGCAAAAGACUUUGUUUUGUAUUGUACUUAUAAAGAUGAUUGAAAGUAUAAGCAUAAUACAGUUCAUGAACUUGUGCACUGUUAUUAUGAAAGUUACCUCUUCCAACCCGUCUGCCUCAGUCUCACAUAUCGUUACACAAAUUUGGUUAGAUAAAUGGCUCUUGGUUUCAGGCGUCUCUUCUUGUUUCUGUUUUGUGGCUAGGACUAUUAGUACGUAUAAUAGUCCUAGCCACAAAUAAUUAAUAUAAUAGAUACCAACCGUUAUUCAGAGCGGUACGUAGAUCAUCAGCUAUAGUUGACUUGGCGUGCUCCGACUCGCACGAGAUGUUGUAAUGUCCGAUUUCAUACAAAUCGAAGUCAUUUUCCUUCUUUUUCGUGUAACUGAAGGUAAUGUGAUUAGUGGAACCUACAACAACAAUAAUUUAUGUCAGUUUUGAAAAUAAUAAACAGAUUUUUUUAAAUCUAGGAUUGGGCAAUAAUCGAACCCAAGCCCCUGUCUAUCCGUGACAGUGCUCUAUACAGUCAUGCAUUUUUUGUAAGUAUUUUAAAUAUACUGACAAACUUUUUUUUACUGUUUAAUUAAAUGUGUAGUUAAAUGUUUUUCUUCUAAAUUAAAAACGGUAUCGUUUAUUUUA